UCCUAGGGGAUAGAGGGUUGAGUUUUGUAUGCUUCCAUCCAUUCUGCAAGACGCUAAAGGCCCCUCAUCAACCUCUCCUGUGUCCGGGAACACCUCCAUGGUAAUCAUUUUUUCGUUUAUUUGUCUUUUGGAGCCGGAGCGCCUUGCCAGAAGUGGUCGAUUCAGCAGUGUCCUGAAGCUUUUUUGAUGCUGUUGUAGGAUGACACAAACCUAAGAGCAUCACCACAACACAAAGUUACAAGAAAUGUUUAACUGAAUUAAAAAGAAAGAACAACAAUAUCCAGCUAUUUCAGCGACUUCUUCAUCGGGACCUCAAUCCAACAAGCUGUUGAGAGGGUUGAGAAUCCUGCUCACUAAAUCGUUCAUGUCGUGCCAACACAGGACGGGCUGAAGAAGGAACCAAGACUUGUGAACUGGGUUUUCCCUUUUUCAACAAAUCACGAACAAACUCUUAUUGAUAUCCGGGUGUCUUCUGGAGGAACGACGCGUUCGUUAAGAAUUUUACUUUCCCUCUUUGGCUGGAGCUGGUUUGCACGCCAACUGUUUUAAUGUUUGGGAUUCAGGAAAAUAUACCAAGAGGGGGGACGACUAUGAAAGAGGAACCGCUGGGCAGUGGGAUGAAUCCGGUCCGGUCGUGGAUGCACACAGCUGGGGUAGUGGAUGCUAACACAGCCGCCCAAAGCGGAGUGGGUCUGGCUCGGGCGCAUUAUGAAAAACAGCCGCCAUCCAACCUCAGAAAAUCCAAUUUUUUCCACUUCGUCUUGGCUCUAUAUGACAGACAAGGCCAGCCCGUCGAGAUCGAGAGGACAGCUUUUGUGGACUUUGUGGAGAAGGAGAAAGAGCCAAACAGUGAAAAAACUAACAAUGGGAUUCAUUACAAACUACAACUUUUGUACAGCAACGGAGUCAGAACAGAACAGGAUCUUUAUGUACGGUUAAUCGAUUCCAUGACAAAACAGGCUAUUAUAUAUGAAGGCCAAGACAAAAACCCAGAAAUGUGCCGAGUCCUCCUCACACAUGAAAUUAUGUGCAGCCGGUGUUGUGACAAGAAAAGUUGUGGUAACAGGAACGAAACUCCCUCAGACCCAGUGAUCAUCGACAGAUUCUUUUUGAAAUUCUUCCUCAAGUGCAAUCAGAACUGCCUAAAGAAUGCAGGUAACCCACGGGACAUGCGCAGGUUCCAGGUCGUUAUAUCGACGACAGUUAACGUGGACGGUCACGUGUUGGCCGUCUCGGACAACAUGUUUGUCCACAACAACUCGAAACACGGGCGCAGAGCUCGUCGCCUCGACCCCUCUGAAGGUACGGCCCCCCCCUAUCUGGACAAUGCAGCUACCCCCUGCAUUAAGGCCAUUAGUCCCAGCGAAGGUUGGACGACCGGAGGGGCCACGGUCAUCCUGAUCGGGGACAACUUCUUCGACGGCCUCCAGGUGGUGUUCGGCACCAUGCUGGUGUGGAGCGAGCUGAUAACCCCGCAUGCCAUCCGCGUGCAGACCCCACCCAGACAUAUCCCGGGGGUGGUGGAGGUCACGCUCUCCUACAAGUCCAAGCAGUUCUGCAAAGGAGCACCGGGCCGUUUCGUCUACACGGCAUUGAACGAACCCACUAUUGACUACGGCUUCCAGAGACUGCAGAAGGUCAUCCCCAGACAUCCAGGUGACCCGGAGAGGUUGCCAAAGGAAGUUCUAUUAAAGAGAGCUGCUGACCUUGUGGAGGCUCUGUAUGGGAUGCCCCAUAACAACCAGGAGAUCAUUCUGAAGAGAGCAGCAGACAUCGCAGAGGCCCUGUACAGCGUCCCACGCAACCACAACCAGAUCCCGUCCCUCGCCAACACCGCGUCUCAUGGUGGCAUGAUGGGCGUGAACUCCUUUGGCAGCCAGCUCGCGGUCAACGUCUCCGAGACGUCACAGGUUGGCUACAGCCGCAACACGAGCAGUGUCUCUCCUCGCGGCUACGUGCCCAGCAGCACCCCACAACAGUCCAACUACAACACCGUGAGCAACAGCAUGAACGGCUACGGCAACGCGGGAAUGCCCAACCUGGGCGUGCCCAGCUCACCGGGCUUCCUCAACGGCUCCUCCGCCAACUCCCCCUACGGCAGUAAGUAUCAAGUAGUUCCGUCGAGCCCUACCAUGGCAGCCUCUUCGGUCAGCCUCUCUUCAAACUGUAGCAGUUCGCACGGCAUUUUCUCAUUCUCACCUGCCAAUGUCAUCUCUGCAGUGAAACAAAAGAGCGCCUUUGCACCCGUUGUCAGGCCCCAAGCAUCUCCGCCUCCUUCUUGCACCAGUGCAAAUGGCAAUGGACUUCAAGCAAUGUCUGGACUGGUGGUUCCUCCCAUGUAGAUUGCACUUCUUGUAAAAAAGCGGCAGUGUCCACGCAGUGAGCCUUGGGGUACAUCGCAGAACAUUCUCCAGAAAAAUGUCUCAUCGAUCAUGAAGUAAAUCAACACCUUCGUCUGUAAUUCAGAGGGAAAAAAGAGACUGUUUCAAAGAUGUUAUUCAAUCUAAUAUAAAUCGACAUGCAAGAAACUUUGUCAUGAACAAUUUAAUUUUAUUGACUGAAUUUCUUGUCAUAUUUUCACAUUUCUCAGUCUUGAAGGGAAAAAAAAGAAAAAAUUCCUAUUUUGUAUAACCAUUUCUGGUUUGAUCUUGGCUAUGUCGUUCUUGCUAUGUGUGGGAAGAAGUUUUGUGGAUAUGCCAUACGAUGAAAACACUGACUGAAACGUCUGAAUGUUUCUUUUCAGAUGAUGUGCAGCUUUUGCACGUCGCUAUAAUGUGAAGUUAUUUUCUUUUAUCCUUUUGUUUGCUUUUUUUCUUUUUGAUACGUGGUGAGGAAAAAAGGGGGCCAAGCCAAUACAGCAAAGCCAACAAACUGGAAAUAACAAAGCCUAAAAUAUAUGAUCUAUAAAACAUAAACAUUAAACGCGAAGACAAGUGAACAGAGAGGAACAGACAGAGGAGAUGUUAUCAUGCGUAAAUCAUCUAAAAUGAACUUUGUAACUUAUUGUAGGUAGAAAAUGUAACUUUGAUAUUGCAAAAAUCCUUCUCUUUGCCUUCAACAAGCACACUAACAGAGAUGAAACGCUACUGUCUGUUGGUUAAAAAAAGGAAAAAAAAAGAAAAAGAAAGAAAAUACUUCCACUGCUAAAGCUUCCUGUAAAGCAAGUGUGAUCUGCAAUGUUUUUCAACUUUUUGCUAGCACUGUAUACUAUUGCAUUCUUAGGCUACUGUGGAGUCCAUGUUUCUUGUACCAGAAAGUUGUCCUUUAACCUCUAGCUCCUUACCCCCUAAUGUGUUUUGUAUGUGGUUAAACAAUUGUAGACUUUUGUGAUUUUGCCAAAGUUGUAGCUAAAUAUUUAUACACUUGUCUUGAAAUUUUCCAGAUCCACUUAAAUAUUUAGUACAGAGUUUUAUUCCUACUAAAACAGCUAGGAGUAAAAUAGUCUUAUACAUCGCAACACUUUCACACAAACACUUGCGGUCACUAAGGGGUUUUUUGUAACAUAUCAAUUAUAAAUAUUGUAUUUAUCUUUGAAAUUUUGUAUAUUGCUUUCCAUCAUUUUAUUUGAUCUUGUAUGUAAUGUUUAUCAUGGCUGAUAUUGUGAUGCAACACAGAACAUUAUGCCAAGACCAGUCGCUGCCAUUAGCCUUUUUUUGUAUUAAUAGAUUGCAAUGUCUGUCCUUUUAAUUUGUAAUUCAGAUGUUUUGUUAACAUCAUCAAAACAAUUCCGUCCAUUUUUCUUCAUUAUUUGUUACUUUGAGGAACAGUCAAAUCCAUUGUUUAUUUUUAUAUUAUAAUUUUUAAGUUAUCUAAACAAAUACUUUUUUUUAAAUAAAAAUGUUUGUUGUAUAGUCAAAUAAAUUGUUUGUGACACAUGGCUGUAAUAAUAUUAGUAGAAAAACGUGCAUGUCCGGCAGUACCAGGGGGGGAAGAAUCAAUUGUGGUUGUAAAUUUUGUUUUUGUAGAAUGUAAAAAGUCAUUUUUACCUGCCACCCAUGACUUUGCCACAUACUUCAACUGUGUUUACAGGGAACAACAACAAAGGAUUAAAAAAAGAAAAUAAACCUUGGGAAAGAGAAUGGAACCAUACGGUAGUCAUAAACAUCAGUCAGUGAUCAUUACUCACAUAUGUCCGGAAAAAAGGCCCGUCCAAGCCUUAAGACCAGAUCUCUUGAGAGGAGCCUGUCUCCUGGUUCAGCGACAGCCACAAUGCCAGUCGUUAUUCCAUUAAAGUCAUCAAUGGUGUAAAAAGCACAAACAUUUUUUACUAAAAUAAAAAAUAAUUAUUGUGA